GGUUGUCCGCUGGUGUGUUCUGUACAGCAACAGUUUCCUUUUAACACUGAGAGGAGCGUCAAGCGGGGAAGAACAAGUCGCCGCGUUUUUUCCUUCUUUAUUUUAAAAUGGAAGUUUAGGACAAGGGGAAUAUAUCCGCAGGGACACGGCUCUACACCGCGACUGACAGCAGAGAAACGUUAUCCCCAGCCGGCUGAGGAAAAGCCAUGGCCAUUAUAACCUGCCGAGUGCAGUAUUUGGAGGACUCGGACCCUUUCGUCUGUACCAACUUCCCGGAGCCACGGAGACCGCCGCCCUAUGAUCUGGACGAAAACAUCGCCUUGAUUGAGCAGAUAGCCGGGGUUCACAAACUCCUGGAGGCACCGCUGAAGUUGGAGGAGUGUGCUCUGCAGAUGGCCCCCAAUGGGAACUACCUGGACCUGGACCUGUCUCUGGGGGAGCAGAAAGAUGAUGUGGAACAGCUCUAUGACGACGUGGGUAGAGGGAAGAAGCCCAUCUUGAUCCUGAGAACUCAGCUGUCUGUCAGAGUCCACUCCAUUCUAGAGAAGCUGUACAACUCUCACGGACCUGAACUCCGGAGGUCCCUGUUCUCCCUCAAGCAGCUCUUCCAGGACGAUAAAGACCUGGUGCCAGAGUUCGUGAAUUCAGAAGGCUUGACGUGUUUCAUCAAGGUUGGAACGGAGGCAGACCACAACUACCAGAACUACAUUCUCCGAGCCCUCAGUCAGAUCAUGCUGUUUGUAGAUGGGAUGAACGGUGUGAUCGACCACAAUGACACUGUUCAGUGGCUCUACACUCUCAGUGGCAGUCUGUCUCGUCUGGUGGUGAAGACCGCUCUGAAGCUCCUGAUAGUGUUUGUAGAGUACACAGAGUUGAACAGUCCUCUACUUAUCCAGGCUGUCAACACUGUGGAUGGCAAGAGAGCUGUGAAGCCGUGGUCAUACCUGACAGACAUCCUGGAGGAGAAGAACGGAUCGGACACCGAGCUGUUAAUCUUAACCAUGAACCUCAUCAACAAGACCCUUGCAGCCCUCCCGGACCAGGACUCGUUCUAUGACGUGACCGAUUGUCUGGAACAGCAGGGGAUGGAACACAUUAUGCACAAACACAUGAGCAGCAAGGUCACUGAGCCAGACCUGAAACAGCAGUUCACCAUAUACGAGAGGGCUCUGAGGCACGAGGACGGAGAGAUGGAUGCUGCUCCUCACGUUAGGAAGGAGAGGAGGAAGGUGACAGCCAGCGAGCAGGAGGGCAGGAGAAUCAGGAGAUCCUCAGCUCAGAACCUCCCCGACAUCCUCUCCUCCUCCCCUCCCACCUCCUCCCCUCUCUCCCCUUCCACCUCCUCCCCUCCCACCUCCUCCACUCUCUCCCCUUCCACCUCCUCCCCUUUCUCUCCCUCCUCCUCCACUCUCUCCCCUUCCACCUCCUCCCCUUUCUCUCCCUCCUCCUCUCGUAGCGCCUCACCCCUCACCCCAACCUCCAGCCCGUCAGGUUCUCAGAGGUCCUCUCCUCUACCGCCCCCCGAGGUGACCAACGGUACUGCAGCCUCCCCAUCUCCCACUGAACAGGAGCCCAAGACUACGUCUAACCUGGGGCGAUCAUUCCUCAGUCACCACAUGUCCGCCUUGGGGAUCAGUAGGAGGUCACGGCUCUUUAACAAGGCUGGUUCCAUCUCUGAGGAACCUGCUCCUCCUGCCUCUCGAGCCGCAAGCAGCCCGUCUCCUACUGACUUGGCUGGCCCUGAGAAGCAACAGCAGCCCCAGAUGGUCCCGGAGCAACACGGGAACAAGACGGAGAGGAACACCUUCAGCCCAGAGGACUGUAAUGUUGAUAUGGACAAGCCCGUCCUCAGGAAGUUUCAAGGCACCUUCCUCCGCAACCUGGUCGCCACCCAGUGGGAGAAGACGAGUAGGAGCCAACACGAGAAGCUCCAGGAUAGGCUGUCCCAGGAUGACCCCAUAGCCACGUCCCCCAGGGCAGAGGAGGAGACCUCCUCACCUGCAGACAGCAGCCCCAGUACACCCACCGAAGGUGUCAGUGUCCAACAGAAACACCUCUCCAACGACAAGAAGUUCAUGCUGAACAUGCUCUACGCCAAUAACUCCUCAGGGUCUUCAGGGGACCGGCCGUCAGGCACCAACCCCGACCCCAACCUCGACCCCGAGGAGAGCCUCUCCGGAGAGCCAGAGGACCACAGAGGGCUGGGCAGGGCUGGUAGCAGUGUGAAGGAACGUCUAUCUAGCCUCAAGGCCCAGCAGGCCCAGCCUCUACCCAGCGAGGACAGCAGCUCCAGGAGGGCAGAGCUGCAGGGUCUGGGUGGCAGUGCCCAGGCGGCGCGGGCCAGGCUGGCAGAGGAGCAGCAGCACAGGCGUAUCCGUCCGCAGUACAGCAUCGACGCAGAGACCCACUCCCGAAACCUGGAGAAAACCCAGAUGACCCCACUGGCCAGGGACAGACAGACGGACGCCUGGGACCAGCUCCAACCCAGCUCCAAAGCCCUGAAGAUUAAAGACCUGGACUUCUCCGACCUCAUGGAGGAGGAGGAUAUAGAUGUCCUGGACGUGGACGGCUUCGACGUGGGAGUUGGUCGGCCCGGUGGUGGUGGUGGCAUUCCACCUCCUCCUCCACCUAUUCCUGGACUAGCCUCCGUUCCUCCUCCUCCUCCUCCUCCUCCCGGGGCUCCCUUUAUGAGUAUCCCUCCUCCACCACCUCCCCCACCGGGUGGAGGUCUCUGCUCCCCUCCUCCACCUCCUCCCCCACCGGGUGGAGGUCUCUGCUCUCCUCCUCCACCACCUCCUCCUGGAGCUCCCCCUUCUUCCUCCUCCUCCUCCUCCCAGACUCCAGACCCGGCCUUUGCCAAGAAGAGGAAGACGGUCAAGUUGUUCUGGAAGGAACUCAAACAGUCGGACAGUCCCAGGAAGUGUACAUUCGGACGCGGGACGGUGUGGGCGUCGCUGGAUAAGGUCACCGUGGAUACGGCCAAGCUGGAACACCUGUUUGAGUCCAAGGCCAAGGAGCUACCCGUGGCUCUAAAGAAAGGAUCAGAAGUGAAGAAAGCAGAGAUUCUGGUGUUGGACUCGAAGAGGAGUAACAGCAUCAACAUCGGCAUGACCGUGCUACCAGCUGUCCACGUCAUCAAGACCGCCAUCCUCAACUUUGACGAGUUCGCCAUCAACAAGGAGGGCAUCGAGAAAAUCCUGACGAUGACUCCAUCUGAGGAGGAGAAGCAGAAGAUCCAGGAGGCCCAGCUGGCCAACCCGGACGUCCCCCUGGGCUCAGCAGAACAGUUCCUCCUCACCCUGUCCUCCAUCAGCGGCCUCAGCGCUCGGCUGCAGCUCUGGGCCUUCAAACUCAACUAUGAGACCCUGGAGAAGGAGAUAGCGGAGCCUCUCUUCGACCUGAAACUAGGCAUGGAGCAGCUCGCCAAAAACAAAACCUUUAAGCGCAUCCUAGCAACGAUUUUGGCCAUUGGAAACUUCCUCAACAGUACCAGUGCUAAAGGUUUUGAGCUGAACUACUUGGAGAAGGUAACUGAGGUGAAGGACACGGUCCACAGACAGUCUCUGCUCCACCACGCCUGUAACCUCCUGGUAGACAACUACACUGACACGUCAGACGUCUACUCCGAGAUCCCCUCCAUCACGCGCUCUGCUAGAGUGGAGUUUGAGCAGCUGUCAGAUAACCUGGUUCAGCUGGAGAGGAAGUGUAAGACAUCGUGGGACAAUCUGAAGGUGAUGUCUAAACACGAGACCAAGGCCCUCCUGAAGAGCAGGUUGACAGAGUUCCUUAAAGACUGUACAGAGAGGAUCAUUAUCCUGAAGGUGGUUCACAGACGCAUCAUCAACAGGUUCCAUUCCUUCCUGCUGUACCUAGGUCAGCCAUCCUACUCUGUUCGGGACACUAAGGUGACCCACUUCUGUAAGAUUAUCAGUGAGUUUUCUCUGGAAUACCGGACCACCAGGGAGAGGGGGACCCAGAAACAAACCUACCCACUGAACACCAAGAAGGGAAAGAUGAUCACUGAGACGGAGAAGUUCUCGGGGGUGGUGUCUCCCCAGUCCCAGGACAGCCCCUCCCUUGGCUCCAGGCCGACGGAGCCAGAUCCAGAUCCAGCCCAGGAGGAGCACGACAACAUGAAGAACAUGCUCAACACCUCCAGCGGUACCGACCACCAGGGGAACCAGCGCCGCAACCGAGGCUACCGCAGUCUCGGCCCAGUUAGUCCAUCCCAGAUGUCUGUAGCCAAAGAGGACGGUGCUAGCUCCCAGGAUGAUGCUACGGAUGAGAUCAUGGAUCGGCUCGUCAAGUCUGUUACCAGAAGCCCCUCAGAGAGGCCGUCCAGCCCCAAGACACGCAAACGCUCCCGCCUCAACAGGAAGUCGUUGAGGAGGACACUGAAGAGCGGACUAAGUGUUGACGUGGUUCAGGCUCUGGGACUUGGCAACAAGAAUGGAGACAAGCUCUGAACACACAGAGAGACCUACACAGACUGGAGACCAGCUCUGAACACACAGAGAGACCUACACAGACUGGAGACAAGCUCUGAACACACAGAGAGACCUACACAGACUGGAGACCAGCUCUGAACACAGAGAGAGACCUACACAGACUGGAGACAAGCUCUGAACACACAGAGAGACCUACACAGACUGGAGACAAGCUCUGAACACACAGAGAGACCUACACAGACUGGAGACCAGCUCUGAACACACAGAGAGACCUACACAGACUGGAGACAAGCUCUGAACACACAGAGAGACCUACACAGACUGGAGACCAGCUCUGAACACACAGAGAGACCUACACAGACUGGAGACAAGCUCUGAACACACAGAGAGACCUACACAGACUGGAGACAAGCUCUGAACACACAGAGAGACCUACACAGACUGGAGACCAGCUCUGAACACACAGAGAGACCUACACAGACUGGAGACAAGCUCUGAACACACAGAGAGACCUACACAGACUGGAGACCAGCUCUGAACGCACACACAGCACCACCAGACACACCAGCCAUGAAGAGGAAGGAUGAAGCUCGUACCGAGGGUCUGGAUCUUAGAAAGUCCUGACGUGACAGAAAGAAGAGACAGUACAUGUAGGAAGGACAUGCUGGUGCUGACUACAGUAGCCCCCCCCCCCCCUCCCUCCCACAAUGCUUUGGGCUUGUUCCUGUCUCACUACAAAACAACCGUUUAUAUUUUACAGGAAAACGUGAGAACUCUUGUUCAUUGGGGUUUUUCCCUCUAAAUGGUCUCUUGACACAGAACCUGGCUGAAGCAGUGUUUCAGGUGUGGAUUUAAAUAUUCAGAUGUUUUGGUGUCGUAAACGUCCUGAUGUAUCAUAUUGAAUAAAUAUAUAUAUACAGUGUGAAGGACAUUUAACUGAACAUUAAGGACAGACGUCACUAUAUUUUAAAGGUUAUACUGUGUGUCUGGAGUCAGGGUGGGGGGGGGGUGUAACAGGAUGUUUUAGUCGGGAAGUGGUUGAAUAUAAAUUAUAAUGGAUCCGAUGUUAUUAACUUUAUAAUUAUAGAUAGUCUGUUCUAUACGUUGUUAUAUAGAGGUUAUGUUGAGUCUGGUCUCAGACCACACACACAUCAAGAGAGACGUCUCAGACACACACACCAAGAGAGAUGUCUCACACACACACACACCGAGAGAGAUGUCUCACACACACACACACCGAGAGAGAUGUCUCACACACACACACCGAGAGAGACGUCUCACACACACACACCAAGAGAGACGUCACACACACACACACCAAGAGAGAUGUCUCACACACACACACACCGAGAGAGAUGUCUCACACACACACACCGAGAGAGACGUCUCAGACACACACACCAAGAGCGACGUCUCACACACACACACCAAGAGAGACGUCUCACACACACACACCAAGAGAGACGUCUCACACACACACACCAAGAGAGAUGUCACACACACACACACCAAGAGAGAUGUCUCACACACACACACACACCGAGAGAGAUGUCUCACACACACACACACACACACACACACACACCGAGAGAGAUGUCUCACACACACCGAGAGAGAUGUCUCACACACACACACACCGAGAGAGAUGUCACACACACACACACACCGAGAGAGAUGUCACACACACACACACACACCGAGAGAGAUGUCUCACACACACCAAGAGAGAUGUCUCACACACACACACCGAGAGAGACCUCUGGUCAUAUAGAACAACCUCUGGUCAUAUAGAACAACCUCUGGUCAUAUAGAACAACCUCUGGUCAUAUAGAACAACCUCUGGUCAUAUAGAACAGUAUAGAACAACCUCUGGUCAUGUAGAACAGUAUAGAACAACCUCUGGUCAUAUAGAACAACCUCUGGUCAUGUAGAACAGUAUAGAACAACCUCUGGUCAUAUAGAACAACCUCUGGUCAUAUAGAACAGUAUAGAACAACCUCUGGUCAUAUAGAACAGUAUAGAACAACCUCUGGUCAUAUAGAACAGUAUAGAACAACCUCUGGUCAUAUAGAACAGUAUAGAACAACCCUACACCCAUAUUGUUAAGUUUAAUUCCACUCCGCGUAACAUCGCCACUCUGGUCUCCAACGUGCACAGUAGCGAUGAACUAACGGUGACCUCUGUUUCCGAGGUACACGGUAUUGUGUGUAUAUAUAUAUAGAGAGAUGUGUUCACGUUGAAGAACAACAUAUUGUUAUGUACAGGGUGGGGUUGAUCCACACAGUCUCUCUUUGAAAUGCAGUCAUUUAAGGGCAGCGUUGUGGAGGAAGCCGUGACUGUGAUAUGUACAGAAUAAAGAGAUGUCUGCUUGCACAGGGAGGUGGGGUACGAUACAAUGGCAAGGAAAACGCUGUCAUGACUUCACUAUUUCUGAUCACGUGUUCACUACCGGUACUUGAAUUGAGUACAGGUGUGUGUACCUGUGUGUGUACCUGUGUGUAUUGAGGUGUGUGUACCUGUGUGUAUACCUGUGUGUAUUGAGGUGUGUGUACCUGUGUGUAUUGAGUUAAUACCUGUGUGUAUACCUGUGUGUAUUGAGUUAAUACCGGUGUGUAUACCUGUGUGUAUUGAGUUGUUAAUACCUGUGUGUAUUGAGGUGUGUGUAUACCUGUGUAUAUGAAGUAUGUUUGUUCUAGGUGAAUGCGUACUGCAUGUUGUUUACACAUUCACUAUUUUCUGUAUAUAUAUGUACUCCACGGAUGUGUCCCAAAUCACUCCCUAUUCCCUAUAUACAGUCCCAUAUCGCACCCUAUUCCCUAUAUACAGUAGUACACUACUUUUGACUAGAGCCCAUAGGGCUCUGUUUAAAAGUACUGCAAUAUGUAGGGAGAAGGGUGCCAUUUUAAAACGUACCCCACUUCUGUCCCUAUUCUGAGGCACAUAUGUUAAACAUACACCCCUCUUCCUCCUCUCUGAAUGUUUUCUGGUUAUUAAACCCUCUUCCUCCUCUCUGAAUGUUUUCUCCUUAUUAAACCCUGUUUGAAAUGUAUUUGAACCUUCCGGUAAAGAUAACCUGUUAUUGUAUGACACAGUGUUCUGCCUGCUGUUACAUUGCCCAUUUUCUAUCGUUACGAUCUAUCGUUACGAUCUAAGCUGAGGACACGAUGGCCGUGUUAUGAAACCGUCUGUCUGGACACAGGAGCGACGGCAAACUGUAACUAAAUGCUCAAUGUUUGUAAUAAUGCCUAAUUGAAAUCUUAUUUUAAUAGUGUUUUAUCGUAUAAUGUUUCCCAACUGAAUAAAUAAAAAAACAUCUUCAAGCA